AUGGACCAAUUCCUACUCUUCGGCGACAGCAUCACGCAGCAAGCAUUUACGCAAGAUCGCGGAACAGUUUUUGGUGCUGCUCUGACUGAUGCUUAUAUACGGAGACUUGACAUAGUCAAUCGCGGUUUGAGUGGCUAUAAUACAAGACAAGCGUUGCAAGUUCUUCCUCGAAUAGUGCCACCACCAGCCCAUGCGCGAGUUCGACUUAUGACCAUAUUCUUUGGUGCGAAUGAUGCACGUUUACCAAACACUCCUGGAGGUCCUCAACAGCAUAUCCCGAUAGAAGAGUUCACUCAAAAUCUCAUCGCCAUUGUACAACACCCGGUCGUGCGCGCGCACACCGAUAUUGGACUAAUACUUAUCACACCGCCACCCGUGGACGAGCGAAAAGCGCUCGCUUGCGACAAGGCCAAAGACCCUCAGUGCGGUGAUGUACAUCGCCGACGUGCCCCAACCACUGCGGCCUAUGCACAGGCUGUACGUGAUGUUGGCCGCGAGACUGGCGUGCCCGUUAUCGAUCUUUGGACAGCAAUGAUUGCACGCGCAGGCGGCACGGCAGCCGACGAAGAUGAUCUGAUUGUUGGCGAUGCUGCUGCACCUGUGAGCGUCAUUCUACAGAACCUCCUCGAUGAUGGAUUGCAUCUCAGCGCGGCAGGUUACCAGGUCCUCUAUUCCGAGCUUACUGCCUUGAUCGCAAAGCAAUGGCCAGUACUCACCCCUGCGAACAUGCGUUUUGCAUUGCCGACUUGGAAUGACAAGAGUGCAUGGACAUGA